ACUGUAAAAUGAAAGUAGUCUACAGCACACCACUCUCAGUCUCACAGAGGACUGCAUGCAGGAAAAGACAUGAUCGUGUCAAGACUUCGACCCAGAUCCGUCAUUCCCCCAAAGCCUUCUAACCUCAAAUCCUUGGGGCCAAACAUCCCAAACCACUUCCAGACCAGAAACCAGAACAGACCAAACCCGAACCAGAACCAACCCCCAUCAGGGGAGAGGAGCCAGGAGAGGAAACAACAUCAACUACCGGAGGGGAAGGUGAAGAGGAUUGUGCGUAAGUUCAGCAGCCAGGAGAAUGAGGUGAUGGGGCAGGCAGGAUUAGAGACAAGAACAGGGGUAGAGGCAGGGGCAGAGACAGUGACUGGGGCAAAGCAGGGAGACGGUGGGGUGGUGGGGUGGACAAGGACAAGGACAGAGGCAGGACAGCAGGCAGACAGUAACAGAGGACAGACAAGGGCCCAGCAGGCCGACUAUGAUGCUAUAAUAAUGAGCCCUGUGGAACUCAGCCUCAUACCACCUCCAGUACCAUUGAGAAAGCCACGUUCUGGCCCUCACACACAACCUACAGCACAACCCACAGCACAGAGAGAUGCUGUGCCCCUGGGGCAGAAGACAGACAACCAUCUGGGCACCCUUCUCACACCUGGACAUGGACGAGGAAACAGAUCAGCUCCCGAUGGAAGUGAGGUGGAUGAAGCGCCUGUGUGUGUUACCAUUGAGAGCAGACAAACCCCUAGUGGUCACCAUGGCAACAUGACACAGUGCCAGUGCAUCUGUCACCUGAGGAGAACUGGCAUGAAGUUAGUCUGGGUUCCUCUGGAGGAAGAGGAAGAUAACUAUGUAGAGGUGAUAGGGGAUGAAGAAAAAGACAAACGAGGGAAUGAGCACCAGAAGAGAGUGGUGAAGGAGGGGAAGGAAGAGGAUGAAGAUGACUACAUAGAAGUGACAGGGGAUGGAGAGAAAGAAAAACGAGGGAAUCGGGACCAGAAGAGAGAGAGGAAGGAGGUGAAUGAAGAGAUGUUGGGAUCUUUCAGAGCAGAUGAGCGAGGGAGGAAAAGUCAGACAGGGUGCCAGACAGAGACAGCUGCUAUGUUCAGUGAGCACAGAAAGGUCAGAGUUCACGAGGUCAGCGAGAAUAACAGCCAGAGAUCCUUCCCUUCAAAACAUAACACAUCAUCCAACGCAGAAUCUUCCCUGGCCCUGAUGAUCUGCUCACAGCACAGCUCAUAUCAGCAUAGUACACAACAGCACAGCUCAAACACCAAGCACAGCUCACACCAGCGCAGCUCACACACAAGACCCCCUCAACACAGAACUGAGACAUAUGAUGAGGUUACAUAUGAGGCCAUGCCCAUGUCUGACAGAGAAGAACCACAUCCACCCCCACUCCCACGCCUAAUGAAACCUCCACUGAUGCACAAGACGCAGCAUCCCUCUCCUCCAAAGGAUAAUCUCCAGAGCAUGUCCACGCCCUCUCUCUCUGGCCUACUAACCUCAAUUUCAAAGUCAGACAUCCAGAAGAGUACCCCUUCCCCUCAGACUCCUCCCUCCAUCUCCCAUGGCAACCCCCAUCAGCCAAUCCUGCGACCUCUGCCUCCACUUCCUGUUUUACAUGAUCUCUGCCUUCUCCCCUGCCCCAUCAUGCCCCGCCCUCCUCAACUCAGACCUCAGAUUCCAAUGAAACCUCUUCCACCUAACCCUGAGCCCAGUGGCCCUAGCUGUCUCAGCCGACACUCAUCCACAGAUGCUGAUGUUAGGGAUGACUGGGUGACUGUAGACGGGGAGGGCGUAGAGGAGCCACAGGAACAGGCAGAUAGUCCCAGGAGGAUCUCCUCAGACUGGGGACCUUUGAGGCUGGACGAACCUCUGUACCAGAUCUACCAGGCUAAGUCCAUCAAGGAGGCGAUCCAGCUCCAGAGCAUCAGCCGGAGUGCCAGCAGGGCCACCGUGGACCUCCAUAUGAGGCUCAGGGGCGGUGGGUCCUUAGGGGCCCCUAAGGGCCAGUCCUUCAGGGCCAGGAAUGGCCCCGCAGAGGUCACACUGUGGCAGGAGCUACCGGUGGUCAGAGACAGUGGGAUCCUGGAGAGACUCAGUCCAGAGGAGCUGCAGAGACAGGAGAGCAUGUUUGAAGUAUUGACAUCGGAAGCCUCGUACCUCCACUCACUGAACGUUCUCACUGAUCACUUCCUGAUGUGUCGGGACCUUGAUGACACACUGGUGAUCCAUGACAAGAAGACCCUCUUCUCCAACAUACUCCAUGUGUAUGAGGUCAGCCAGAGGUUCUUGAAGGAUCUUCUGAGUAGGAUCGAUGAGAACAUUCUGAUAACUGAUGUGUGUGACAUCAUCCACCAAUACGCCCUGUACGACUUCUCAGUCUACAUUGAUUACAUCCGUAACCAGGGUUACCAGGAGAGGGCCUACAGCUCCCUCGUUUUCCAUAGAUGGCUAUUUUGGGUAUAUAUGGACCGAUUUAAUCGAAAAAAAAGACCCAAUAGUGAUGUUUAUGGGACAUAUAGGAGUGCCAACAAAGAAGCUCGUCAAAGGCAGACCAACAACCCAUUUGCGUUGGUGAUGCGGAGGCUGGAGGAGUCUCCUCUAUGUCGUCGUCUUCCCUUCUCCUCCUUUCUGCUCCUUCCUUUCCAGAGGAUCACACGCAUCAAGAUCCUUGUACAGAACAUCCUGAAGAGGACUAAAGAGGGCACUAGGGAGGAGAACACUGCCUCUAGAGCCCUGACCUCAGUGUCUGAGAUCAUCAAGGAGUCCAACACACAGGUGGGCCAGAUGAAGCAGAUGGAGGAACUCAUACAAGUCAAUAACACAUUGGAGUUCAACACACUCAAGGCUGUUCCCAUUGUCUCGAAGGCUCGCUUCCUGGAGAAGAGAGGAGAGCUAUAUGAGCUAUCCAAAGGGGCCUCCCUCUUCAGUUCUCGUCUCAAACUCACCCCCAUCUACCUCUUCCUCUUCAAUGACCUACUCAUCAUCACAUGCAAAAAGAGCUCAGAGCGCUAUAUGGUGACAGACCACACCCACCGCUCCCUGGUGCAGGUCAAGCCCGCGGGGUUUGGGGCUGGAGCGGAGGACCCAGGGCCCAAGUUGGAGCACUCCUUCUGUCUGCUACUGCUGGAGAACCACCGAGGCUUGGCCUGUGAACACCUGCUGAAGGCCCCCUCAGAGUCAGAUAUGCACCGGUGGAUGGCAGCAUUCCCUUCCCUAAAUGACCCAAACAGAAAGGAAGAGGUGGUUUAUGAGGACUGGGAUUGCCCCCAGGUGCAGUGUGUGGAACAAUAUGUUGCCCAGCAGGCUGAUGAGCUCACCAUGGAGCCUGCUGACAUUAUCAACGUGCUAUGCAAGACCCAUGAGGGUUGGAAUAAGGGGAUGCGUCUGUCUGACGGAGAGAAGGGUUGGUUCCCUAGCAAAAGCGUGGUGGAGAUAACCAACGAGCAUCGGAGGAGACGGAACCUUCGGGAGCAGUACCGCAUCGCUCAAGCUGCAGCUAAAGUCACAAAGAACUGACUACCUGCAUAUUUGUAUGUGUGUGUUGAAGGAAUUCUAAAUUCAUCUGUAUUAUUUCCCAAUCAGAAUUCAAUACUCUGUCAAUGCAUUCGAAGGGCUUGUAGGACCCUAUAUUUUUAUAAGAAUGGACAGAGCCCCAGUCUUAAAAGUCAGGUAACAGAGUUUAAUUCAAGAGAGUACUCGUACAUACACAUUUUUCCACAGGUUAUAAACUGAAAAUGACAUCAGCAUUUUCUAAAUGUUCUAUCUCUUCAUGACACUAGUAGAGAGGCCCUAUAGUUCUCGAGCCUUUCCUCCUCGCCUGAAGCCAAGGUCAGUCAUUGUAAAUCAGCAUUCUAGACAGUCUGGAGAUUGUUCAUUCAUUUGUACAAAGGAACAGACCGUCAUUGUUACUAAACUCCUGACUAUAUUAUAUAUAAUUGGGAAUGGGAGCAAGAGAGAAAAUUAAUAUAUGUACAGUACAUAAUAGCAUUUGGACUAGUCAGUCCUGAUUGAAAUGUAUACAUAAUUAGUCAUUGAUAAACUUCCCUUAACAUAUCCACCCUUUGAUUAAAUAUUAUACAUUCAAACACA